AUGGUUGAAUCAACAAUCAAUUUCAGCGAUCCAAUUGUUCUUCCUGUUUCCAGUCCAUUUUAUAUCGGAUCCUCUGAUAACCCUAGCUCUAUUUUGGUCACUAAUAUCUUUAAUGGUGUUGGAUUCAUAGCAUGGUGUCGAUCUAUGACCAUCGCCUUAUCAACCAAGAAGAAUCCUAAUUUUUUUGAUGGAUCAAAUUCACAACCUGCUCCUAUUUCUUCUUCUUAUUCCAACUGGUACCGUGCUAAUUCAAUGAAAGAAAUCAAUCAAAGAUAUGAGCAAUCUAGUGGUGCAGUGACUUAUGAAAUUCAGCAACAACUCUGUUCAAUUACACAAGGAUCGGAUGAUUUCUCCACAUACUAUAUGAAAUUGAUGAAGAAAUUGAUUCAACUUCUAAUGGGGCUCAAUGAUUCAUACAAGAUAAUUCGAGGACAAAUACUCAUGAUGAAGCCUCUUCCUUCUAUGUCAACUGCUUAUGCCCUUAUUGUUCAAGAAGAACAUCAAAGAGAGGUUCAUUAUUCCCCUGUUCUUAAUAGUGAUGCCAUGGACAUGCAAAUUUCUUCUUCAAAAUUUAAUAAUUCUUCCAAACGAACAUUGAAUUGCACUCACUAUAAGAAGAAUGGUCAUACUAAAACUCAUUGUUCUCCAUUGGUUGAAUUUCCCACAAAAUUUUAA